CUUGUAUUGAAAGGUGUGGUUGGGUUGGGACUCCGUGGGGCAAGUGCAUCUGCACCUUCCCCAUACUCCACAAUGGCAAGACUGGUCGGGGGGCUUCGGCUUUUUGUGGUCGUUUUUGUGUGUGCAUCUGUGAUCAUGUGCAUCUUCCACAUCUUCGUGGUGUGCGUUUGGGUCCUUCUGGGCUUUUGACCCGCGCGCCAUGUGUGCGCGGGACCCAAGCCCUAAGUAACUAUGUCUGUGAGCGUUUUGUAUUCUGAGUGCGUGCUAGGGCUUUCGCCCGCCCGCCCGGCAUGGUUCCUGAGACUUGCGCUAAGCGGGCCUGUGCGAGCGCCACCGCCGCCGCCUCCGCCGCGUGCUGUCCUGUGUGCGGACCGCGUGCCCAUCGUGCGCAGAAGCCCAGUGCAGCCCCCGGAGCCCCCUCUGCACCGCCGCCGCUCCCCGGACCACGACCCAGGCCGCCCCGAGAUGACCGCGACCGGAGCCCUCCUGCCCGUCCUCUUGCUCCUGCUGGCUUUCGGCCACAGCACCUAUGGGGCUGAAUGCGACCCAGCCUGCGACCCCAAACAUGGAUUCUGCGAGGAUGACAAUGUUUGCAGGUGCGAGAUGGGCUGGGAGGGCCCCCUGUGUGACAAGUGCGUAACCUCCCCUGGCUGCGUCAAUGGACUCUGUGACGAACCAUGGCAGUGCUUCUGCAAGGAUGGCUGGGAAGGGAAAUUCUGCAACAUAGACAUGCGGGCUUGCACCUCAACCCCCUGUGCCAACAAUGGGACCUGCGUGGACCUCGAGAAGGGCCAGUACGAAUGCUCCUGCGCCCCUGGCUUCUCUGGAAAGGACUGCCAGAACAAGGAUGGGCCCUGCGUGAUCAAUGGUUCUCCCUGCCAGAACGGAGGGGCCUGUGUGGAUGAUGAGGGCCAGGCCUCUCAUGCUUCCUGCCUGUGCCCCCCUGGCUUCUCGGGCAACUUCUGCGAGAUCGUUAACAACAGCUGCACCCCUAACCCAUGUGAGAACGAUGGCGUCUGCACCGAAAUCGGGGGCGACUUCCGUUGCCGCUGCCCAGCUGGAUUCGUCGACAAGACCUGCAGCCGCCCGGUGAGCAACUGCGCCAGUGGCCCGUGCCAGAACGGGGGCACCUGCCUCCAGCACACCCAGGUGAGCUACGAGUGUCUGUGCAAGCCCCCGUUCAUGGGUCCCACGUGCGCGAAGAAGCGCGGGGCCAGCCCUGUGCAGGUCACCCACCUGCCUAGCAGCUACGGGCUCACCUACCGCGUAACCCCCGGGGUGCACGAGCUGCCAGUUCAGCAGCCCGAGCACCACAUCCUGAAGGUGUCCAUGAAAGAGCUCAACAAGAGUACCCCUCUCCUCACCGAGGGACAGGCCAUCUGCUUCACUAUCCUGGGUGUGCUCACCAGCCUGGUGGUGCUGGGCACCGUGGUCAUCGUCUUCCUCAACAAGUGCGAGACCUGGGUGUCCAACCUGCGCUACAGUCACAUGCUACGCAAGAAGAAGAACCUGCUGCUGCAGUACAACAGCGGAGAGGAGCUGGCGGUCAACAUCAUCUUACCCGAGAAGAUCGACAUGACCACCUUCGACAAGGAGGCUGGAGACGAGGAGAUCUAAGCAACGUCCCCCUAGGUCCCUCCAUAGUAUCGGGGUUCCGCAGCGCUUGCUAUGUGCGGUCUGUGCUUCUCUUUGUGGCAGAGCUUGCUCUGUUUUGUGUGAAAUCUAGUGAACGCUAUGCUUACACGUGUUGUCUUUGCAUUGCUGUGUGACGUGCUGCCAUGCUCUCUAAGAACCCCGUUCCUCCCUCUCAAUGCAUGCUAAUGAAUAAUAAUAAUAAGAAUUUCAUCUCUAAAUGAGCUAAAGAAAUAAGUAUGUUAUUCUAAACUCUUUAACUAUCAGCUAUCAAAUAUAAAAUCAAAAAGACCAAAAAAAAACAUGGUAACAGAACCAGGACUUGGUGCUGAGGUCCCUCUCCUGGGGGGCUUUCAGCCACCAGGUCCUCGUGCAACCACACACGAUUGCUGUGCUUGACCACUCACUGUGAAAAGGGCUAAACUCUUUCGUUCGUUAAUUCUCACACACCACUUCGACUCGCACUCACAUCCAGUCUCACACCGCAACCCUUAGAUCUUUCCAAUUGAUUUGUGACUUUGCAGUGUGUAGUGGCUGUGUGUCAGGCAAAGAGAGCCCCCAGGUUGGCUGCUGUGUCCCUUGGCGAGACCUCCAUUCCCAACCCUGGGCCACCUCCCCACCCCUCUCUUGAGGGAGGGGUGGAAUAUCCAAACCACCAAGGUCCUCUCUAGCCCCAAAAUUCAGAAUUAGGAACGAGGGAUAUAUACCAAAACACUUCCUGACUCCAAGAAUAGGAUCUGAUGGAGACUUGGUCUCAUCCUGGGAUCCGAAAGGUUUUGGCCUAUCCUGGCUGUACACUUGAUAUUGAAGUCGAUCCCAACAGCGUUUCUCAAAGUGGGGAGCCUCCUGGCUCCUGUCCAGUUUGGGAAAAAUUGGCCCCUUGAGGGCAAAAUGUGCCAUUUGGAGUUGUCUCUUGAGCAACCCACUCCCCACCCCAGCUCAGCCCUGCCCCAGCCCCAUGCCCCCAGACUCCACCCCACACUUGCCCCUGUAGAGUAGAGAUGAUAUGCUUUCAGACGUAAGUGUACCUUGAACCACAAGUGCCCCCUGGCAAAGUCUGAGUGAGCAACACAGCCCUCUCCAAGGUUUUCACAGGCUUUAGUGGAAAUUGCUGCUUGUGGGGCGUUUUGCUUGUCCUGUGGCGAAAGUGGGAUAGCCUCUGUCCACAGCCAUGGAUGUACCUUUGUGUUGCUGAGUCUAUGACCCUCAGAUCCCAAAAGACCUAGCCAGCUUCUGAAUUUAAUUUUUUUUAAAGAGCAUCUAUCUUUUUUUGCAAAAUAAAAAAAAAAAAACAAAAAAAACAAAAAAAGUAGAAAGAAAUGGGAUAGAGACCUGUGUAGCUUCUCAGCUCUGGUUGGGGUCUGGUUGCUACACAGCCCUUGGGUCCCAGCUAGGAACCCUUUGCUUCUUAGGUUACCUGGAUAGCAGUCUAUGCUCUUAGCUUUAAAUGUGAGCCUUGUUCACCCUGCUCUGAGUACUUGCUUGCAAGUCAUUGUCACCAUUAUCCACUGUCAUUCAAAUCAUUACCACAGCACACACUCACAACUUCAUGGUCAUCACUCAUUGGUCAUGUGCGCCACCGUUGUCACACAUUAUCGACCUUAUCACCCCUCCAACCUCUACCCUGGGGUCAUUUCGUUCACAGCCCUGACUCAAAGAAUCUCUUCCCACCCAUUGGUCAUGGAUCAUCAUCAACCCAUGUUCCUCCCACUCCCUCAUCCUGAUGAGGGUGUGUCCCAGCUCCCCAAAUCCCUGCCACCUCCCACCAUCCCUGACUCCUGCUUCCCUUCCUCCCUCCUCCCAGGUCCUCUCCCCUGCCUCCAACCACCCCCACCCUGAGGCAACCACCACCACCUCCAUCAAGUCAUCAUCCCAUCUCAUUUUAAGUUAACUUUAAGAAAUAAAAAUUUAAAAAAGAUAAAAAAAAAAAAUGUAACAACAAUUAUCAACAAUUGCCAGGCUGGUGUCUCGUGAGCCCCCUGGCCUCUUUCGCCUGGAGACCUUGACAGAGUCUGCUAACAGUUCUGUUCCUCAAUUUCUCCAAUGUGAAAUUCUACAAUUGGACAAAAAAAGAUUAUUUCUCCAUUCCACUUUUUCUUUUCGAUCUCCAUGUUGUGGAGAGCAGCCAUGUCUCCGAUGACAAAGGGGGCCCGGCUGUUCUCCCAGCAGGCCCUUAUCUAUCCAAAAGAUUCAUCAUCCACCAUUCAUCCAGUCAGGGAGUGUUUCCAAGCACCUGCAGAGUGUAAGGCGGUGUUCUUGGAGCUGUGGGAUAUGCGGGCUGAGGGGCACAUUCUGGGAGGGGAGCAGAGAUAUAGGUGUCCCCAAGAAGCCAGGAAGAAAAACAACAACACCGUGGUGGGAGAGUCCUGAGCAGAUGCCUCCCUCAGAGUGCUACCAUCUCACCUUCCCACGUGACAAAAGAUCAAGAAAUCAGCACCGAUGAGGCCGCCCAGACAAAAUUCCACGGCAUCCACCUUCCACAGAAGAGGAACACAACGUUCGCAGUCUCUCCUUGGUCUUCAUGUACACAGAUCUCUGGCUGCCCAUACACAUCUCAUGUGUUUGGGCAGUGCAGUUUUCUCACUGGGUGGAGUAGCUGAAGGAGAGCUGUCUGGGACAUGAUUUUGUAACCACAAUGCUAAUGACAUGUCCAUCAUGGCACUCUCUCAAGCCUCCCCCAAUUUUCGCAGGCAAGUCCAGACGCAAUGCAAAAUUAAAAAAAAACAACUGUUUCCUUGGUAAAUAAAGGAAUAAGGGCUA